UUAUUCUCCCUUUCGCCACUCAGAAAUUCGUCGACGACGGUCUCUACUCCAACUCCGGCGCAAAGAUUCCGGCGAGAUCGGAACGUACGGCAAUGGAUUCAAGCAACUCGACGCCAGAAGUUUCUGAGAUCACCUCCGUAUCAAAAUCUGAUAACCGACCUAUUUCCACCAUCGUCAUAAUCGUCGCAAUGCAGGCUGAAGCUCUGCCUCUUGUAAACAAGUUCCAGCUAAAAGAAGACGAUAAUUCUUUGUUCCCGAAUGGUGUGCCUUGGGUUCGUUAUCAUGGAAUUUACAAAGGUCUGAGUGUUAAUAUUGUUUGGCCGGGAAAAGAUGCUGUUUUAGGAGUUGACAGUGUUGGUACAGUUUCUGCAUCUCUUGUGACAUAUGCUUCUAUACAAGCAUUGAAGCCAGACCUUAUUAUAAAUGCUGGUACUGCUGGUGGUUUUAAGGCUAAAGGAGCUGGCAUUGGUGAUAUUUAUCUUCCAUCUGUUGUGGCUUUCCAUGACAGAAGAAUACCAAUUCCUGUUUUUGACCUUUAUGGAGUUGGUUCACGGAAGGCUUUCUCAACACCCAAUCUCCUGAAUGCACUUGACCUGAAGGUGGGGAGGCUAUCCACAGGCGACUCCUUGGACAUGACAGCAACGGAUGAGACAUCAAUCUUUUCAAAUGAUGCAACAGUUAAAGACAUGGAGGGAGCUGCCAUUGCUUACGUGGCAGAACUUCUGAAAGUCCCAGCAAUUUUCGUAAAAGCAGUGACAGACAUAGUGGAUGGUAACAAACCGACUCCUGAAGAAUUUUUACAGAAUUUAGCAACCGUAACUGCCGCACUUGACAAGGCAGUUACUGAAAUCGUUGAUUUCAUCUCGGGCAAGUCCAUCUUAGCUCUUUGAUGAUGUGUCCUUAUCACUUUCUCUCUUAAGUUCUACUAUAGAGCAUAAAAAUCAUUCCAUCUCUAUUGUUGACAUGUUUCAAAUGGUAGAUUUCCAUAUUUUGAGGGAUUUUAAGCAAAUCAAUUCUUAUUUUGUAUAUGAAUUCUUCAUGUCCAAAAACAAUAGAGAGAACUGGAAUUCUGGUUUGGUUAUAGAUGCUGUGUAAUUGUGAAUGUUCACCCCAUUGAUGAAACUUUAAGCCAUAAUGCUUGUCCAGUUUGGUUUGUUUUGGGUGAAAAUUAAGAUGUAAUACAAAUUUGAAAUA